AUGGGCGCGGCGCGGCCAGGUGUCGACGACGAUGAAGAUGACUAUAUGAAGAUGAUUAUUCAAGAACCCAUCCGCAAGGAGACGUCCAUCCAGCGCGCCGCCCGUCUAAAACGUGAGUCUCGAGCGCGCGGCAUCCAGAAGUCGAAAGCGCAGCUCGAGGAAGAGGCAGUCGAGGCACGGGAAAAGGCGCUCGCAACCUCGCUCCUAGAGGACCCCCGUUCGCAGAAGAGCAAAGGACUGGCCAUGAUGGCCAAGAUGGGAUUCACAGGCGGAGGUCUCGGCAAGGAGGCGGGGAUAACGGAACCAAUAAGCGUCAGCCAGAAGGACGGCCGUGGGGGUAUUGGUCUCGAGGCCCUGAGGAAGCGUCAGCGGGAGGAGUCUUCUUCAGGUCCUCGAUCCGCCAAGACGGCCAAGCUGGAGGACUUCGACCCGGCAAGCUACCGCGAGAGAAUGAGCAAGGAGCGGCAAGACGAUCGCUUGGAGAAGCAGGUCGUGGCCGCUCAGCGGCUCGCCGAGCGACUCGACGAACCCCAGGCAGUCGAGGACAAGAGGAAGGCGAGGCGGCUCCUCAAGUCAUACCCCGUCCUCUACCGGGGCUCUAUCAUCCAGCGAUUGCAAAGGGAGCGGACGCAGAAACAAGCUGCCGAGCUUGCGCGUCUGCCCAUCUUCGAUGCCGGCGGCGAGGAAGACGCCGACGACCGCAUCGCCCUCGGGACACAGACAACGGAGUAUGAGGAAGCCGACGACCUGGACGAGGACGAUGAGGAACUGGACGAGUUCAACGCGUCGCCAGUGGAGGGCCGAUUGUCGACAGUUCUGGAGUACCUGCGGGAGAAGCACAACUACUGCUUCUGGUGCAAGAUGCAGUAUCCAGAAAAGGAAAUGGACGGCUGUCCAGGCCUUACGGAGGAUGAUCAUGAUUGA